CACUUUUUCCACGAUCAGACGUGUUUGGACAGCAGUGAACGUCUGCAAAGAUCUCAGACAUUUAGAGUUUGAUCUCCAUGUUUUAUCCUGUGCAGGGAAAUCGGAGGAUGGAUAAAUACGCACCGCUGAUGACUCUGUUCCUUUUGGGCUGCAUCUCCGGCUCACAGAUCCCCCUGCGUCAGUACCACUAUGUUAACAUGGCUCUGAGCUGGAGAGAUGCCCAACUGUACUGCAGGGAGAAAUACACCGACCUGGCUACAUUUGACAGUCUGGAUGACUUGAACAGACUGAAAGCCAACUUUUCCUACACCUGGGCGUGGUUUGGUCUUCAUGAUGAUCCAGCAGCUUGGAAAACAUCGAUGGGAAAUAAGAGCAACUCCUGGAGAUGGUCAGCAACAGGACAAACCAGCACAACUGGAUACCAGUCGUGGGACAGUUACUCUCCAGAUUACUAUCAGGCAAAGGAAACAUGUGCAGCACUAGGUGGAGGAGGACUGUGGAACGAUGCAAUCUGUAUUAACUCCUACAGAUUUCUGUGCCUUAAUGUUACAGAUCAAAACAAGAAAAACUACGUUUUCAUCAAUCAGGCGAUGUCGUGGAGUUCUGCUCAGCAGUACUGCAGAGAAAACUACAAGGACUUGGCGAUGAUUGAGAACCAGGAAGAAAACACGGAGGCUCAGAACACUAAACCAUCCAAUUAUAAGGUCUGGAUUGGUCUGUAUCGAGAGCCCUGGACCUGGUCUGAUGGAAGCAAGAGCUCCUUCAGAAACUGGGACCCCUCAAGUUUAAACAACUAUGGAGGAAACCAACACUGUGGGACAGAGAAUUCUGAGCACGUUUGGGGCGAUGAGGACUGUAGAGUAAAAAGAGUUUUUGUCUGCCAUCAAGUUUCAAAGAGGAAAACCACUUUGAGGAUGAAAUUCAGCUCUGAUGCUGACCUGACCGACCCAAAAGUCAACGCCCAGAUCCUGCAGCAGCUCCCUGCUUUGCUCUCAAAAGAUGGAUGGACAAACUUCAACCUGCAGUGGAAGAUUCAACCCCAAAAAACUCCAGGGUCACAGUGAUGGUCCUCCAUCUACCCUCAACGUCUUCAUGGGUUUCAAGACUAUUUCCUGUUAGAAACACGUUAUAUUAGUUUAGAAUGACAAUAGAAUCGGUAAUAUUGUGUAUAUUGUCAAAGUAGCUUUUGCUUUUUUAUUUUUGUUUCUGCUUUUGCUUUAAUGUGUUUUAUUUAUCAUUGUUUUCACUAAAGAAACUGUCAGAACAAUUAGAAUUUUUACAACAGUAAGAGACCGGUUUGAUUUUGAUGCCAAAAUAAAAGUUUAAAAAAACAUUCUUGUGUUAAACCAGAUUACAUAAAUUCACAUAAUUAUCCAUUUUGACUAAAAAUGAACACACCAACCAA